AUAUGGAUACAUCUGACAGAGUAUGCAAAUCCAAAUCCCAGUGACUACCACCACCACUACUACUUCACUGUCUUUUGCUUUUCUCCUACAUUCUUUUUGGCCGUCUGUUUUUAUGAACUUGUCUUUACAUAUCUCUAUAGUGUAAUUGAUUAAUCAAAAACCCAUAAGAUUCUUGAUAGUUUGACAGGUAAUUACUACACAUUUCUACCAACCACAUUGUUCAUCAGCCAUCAGCUUUUAUAAAAACCCUCAAGUACCAAUUCCGGAACAAAACAUGGGUUCAAGUAGUACUCUAAAACUCUUUUUGUUUCUCUCUUUACUGAACUCACUUGUCAUCAACUCAUCUGCAUCUCAUCCCCUUCACUUCAAUCACUACAGAAACACUUGUCCCAACGUCGAGUCCCUUGUACGAAAUGCCGUCUCGCAGAAAUUCCAGCAAACUUUCGUCACCGCCCCUGCCACCCUUCGCCUCUUCUUCCAUGAUUGUUUCGUUAGGGGUUGUGAUGCUUCAGUUUUACUCAGCUCGCCGAGUAACAGCGCGGAGAAGGAUCAUCCAGACGAUAUAUCGCUAGCCGGAGACGGGUUUGAUACAGUUAGCAAAGCAAAAGCUGCCGUUGACAGUGAUCCAAAGUGUAAGAAUAAGGUCUCUUGCGCUGAUAUUUUAGCCUUGGCUGCUAGAGAUGUUAUAGCCUUGACGGGUGGACCAUCAUUCCCUGUUGAAUUGGGCAGGCUGGACGGCAAAAUCUCCACCAAAAAGAGUGUUCAACACCGUUUACCGGAACCGACCCACGGUUUAGACCGUCUCAAUGCCCUUUUUGCUUCUCAUGGACUUACAGAGAUGGAUAUGGUUGCACUAUCAGGAGCACAUACAAUUGGGUUCUCUCACUGUGAAAAGUUCGCAAAACGGAUACAUUAUUACAGUCCGAACCAACGGGUCGACCCGACGCUAAACCAGGUAUAUGCGAAGCAAUUACAACAAGAUUGUCCACAAAAUGUGGAUCCAAGAAUAGCCGUUAGUAUGGAUCCGACUACACCAUUUACAUUUGACAAUGUGUAUUUUAAGAACCUUCAACGAGGCCUGGGUCUAUUCACUUCGGAUCAAGUCCUGUUUUCGGAUUUCAGAUCAAGAAAUCUUGUGAAUAUUUUCGCCGAGAACAAUACCAUGUUUGAACUGGCUUUUGUUACUGCCAUUACCAAACUUGGGAGAGUUGGUGUUAUCACUUCUAGUCACCGCGGAGAAAUUCGACGUGAUUGUUCUUUUGUGAAUUAGAAUAAGAGAGAUUUUCAUUUGAAGUAAUCAGUGUUAGAUUUUGGUUUCUUUAUGUUGAGCUCAAACAGACUUGAUGGAUGGUCUUGAACUUAAUAACAUUCAAGAAGAAAUUAUAGCAUUUGUCAACGUAUAUAAGAGUAAUUUUGAUAAAUCCAAUUCAAUUGACCAACUUUGAAA